GAUGCGAAUAACUGAUGACUUUUGUGGUACGGAAUAUCUCUUCGAGGUAAUCUUUGGCACGUAAAUAUUGUGUUUACAUACCUACAUGUGUUUGUUUGUACAGAUGUGAGAGUUUGGCCAGGAUUUUGUCGUCAUUGGUGAGUUGAUUAUCCUUCGAUUGGCGUCAGUCUGUUGAUCUUUGUCAUGUAUUAUAAUUUCAAUGUAUUUGUAUAGGAUCCUAAGUGUAUGUUCUCACAGUUAUGUGUUAAUAAAUAAUAGAUUCUCUGAGUUGUUAUCUUAGAUGUUAGUAUAUGUAUGUAAACGAUUAUUGCUGGUAAAAAAACAGUCUAAACUCUAUACAAAUGUUUGCGAUCAUGGCGGCUAUAAAGGCGCCUUCAAAGGACGCGCCUAGAUAUUAUUUUAAAAUAAAACAUGUUAAAAUUAAGGUUGUUUCGGGUUUCACUAUUUUUAUUCAAAAUAGGGCUCUAAAGAAUUAUACGUGAACAAUAACAUCAUUUAAAUGUCCAGGAUGCGUACGUCUACAGGUAAAAUCCGCCAAAGAGGCAAUUCAUUUAGAACGUCGAGUUAUCGAUGGUGAAGGUUGUUCAGCAACACUUUGGUAUAUGGCAGCAAUAUUCUUAACAGCACCUCCAGUGUUUGGUCUGCCAGCCCUUUUACUAUCCUCGAGAGAACCAGUUUCUUGAAGUUUGAAGAAUUAUCGACUAAGUCGGACUCACCCAAAAAUCACGAAUUUUACGUUCUUGUUCUCAAAGAUCGACCAUUUUCAUAAUAAGUUUCAAUAAUUUUAACGCAUUUUUCUAUCGUAUAAAAUUCUACAUCUGUCUCUUUGACAAAUAACCAAGAUGACAUAAAAAAGAGCCAUCCAGGAAUUAUGCAUAUCUGAAAGACUUUUUACAAACAUUUCUUGGAUACUCUAACUAAAAUAUCAACAUUUUCAAUUCUAAGCUCAUGUUUCAAUUCAAAAACUUUAAUGAGAAUAUUACUACGAAUUUAAUUAAAACACAAAGAAAAUUUAAAUGAGGCACUCUUAAAUCAAAUAAAAAUUACGCAAUUAAAACUGAUUUUCAAUUCAAAUAUUCAAUUGUGUAUAAAAGCAUUUGUAAUAAAAUACACUAGAAUGCCUCAAAUAACAAUUCCACUUUCGAUGACGAUUUCAAAAUUUACAAGGUGAACCAUGUUAGGCAAGCAAUGAAAAAAUUAACUGUACAAGCACCAAAACCAAUACUGUGGUUCAAGGAAAUUUGUUUACAAUAUUUUUUGAAUGUGAAAUCGCGCAUGGAAGCGGUCUGAUAAAAUAAUGUAACGGUACUAAUAAAAUAACGUAAAAUUCUCAUUUCGGAUAUUUUCCAUCUCACUUUUGCAAAUGCUUUAGUUAUUAUGGCACUUAUUUUCUAUCAGAUAUUGGCGUUUACUGAAUGUUUCAUCCUUCGUUGAUUGAUAUAAAACCUUUGGUUUUCGGUAUCAGAACAGGAGAAGACGUAGAAAAAAAUCGAGCGGUGUCAAAGCAAUUGAAUGUGGAAACUAGUUAAAGUCACACUUGCUGAUAUUCAUUGAGUAGUGAGUAAGAAAAGAAAACAAUUGCGGCACGAAAUGUGUAAAGUCGAGAGCUUCGUUUUUGAAAUAAGAAUAUGAAGUAAACCAAAAGCAUUUCAUAUCGAAAUAUCAGUUUUGCUGGUACGAAAACUUGCCACUUUAAUGAAUACUGAUUCGAUUAGCAUACAUAUUGGGAUUGCCGGAGUAGAGAAAUCUUAUAUUACACUGGUUUAUUGUUUUUUAUGUAAGACUGUGGCUAUGGUAAAAGUGAUUAUAAUCUCAAGAUCUUGCGCAACUUUGGCACCUCCACACUUUUGUUGGGUGGUUGGCCAAAAGAAAUUAAAAUAAUUAAUUAGUGCUAUUUCUUUUCAAACAUUUUAUUCUAUUGGGUGAGUCAAUUUUCGAAAUCGCAUUUUUUUAAACUCCAUCAUGGGCAGACACACUUCUUGUGCAGUGUAAAAACAACGGAACAAUAAAUAAGAAUUGUUUAAUCUAUAUAUUUAUUAUUGCUCUUGGAAGUGAAUAGAGCCUUUUCUAUAAAUUUUUCUAGAAAAGGUGCACUUUUGGAAAAAAAUAUAAUAUUUAAAUGUUUGGUCAAACAAGUGAAACUGCCAUGAAAAAGCUCCUCAUAAAAUACACAUCUGCCAUUCGGAGGCGACGUAAAACCGUAGGUUCCAUUUUAUGGAAAACAUCAAGAUGGGAGGAGGAGCUCAGCCAAAUACUUAAAAAGGGUGUAAACGACAAUUAUAUAUAAGUGAACGGUAAAUUGUUUAGAGAAAAGAUAGUUCAAAUUCAAUUAAAAAAACACAUCUAAGCUCUUCUAAGUGAAAUUUAACUGUAGAGGGAACACUUUUAACCAAUCCUAGUAAUUUGUCUGACUAGUUUCAAAUAAGUGGCUUUGAGAAAAAUACGUGCCCUGAGGCGCUGCUUUAUAAUUGAAAAUUAACCGUUCAGACAAAUUUUCUUGCUACAGAACAAACUAUUUUUUCGUUCUUUUGAAGACCUUAAACUAAUUUUUAAGCGAAAAAAUCGGUUUACUAAUCGUAGAGUGGCAUUACCUCUACGGUUGAGCAAGUAAAUACCAACAUGAGCUUGUUGAGCUGAUGAUGACAUUUUAAAAUGAUAGAAAUUUAGCCGAGCUUCUUGGGUGAUAUCCUGUUGUUUUGUAGAUUUUUAUAAAAAGGUGCAAUUCUCCUUUACCGAUGACGAAUUUCAGUAUCCCACUCUAGUUACAAUAUUUUUAAUUUCAUGGCACGAGCCGUGCUUUUAUUCUUACAUACAUACAAACUUAUCUAUAUGCGCACACACACACACGCCGUCUACGCGCUGAUUGCAUAAGGCUACUGCAGCCCAACCAUAUUCCCAAAUGCACAAAAGCACUUCUCGUUCUAAACAUGCAACUCGCCUCCAGUGCAGAUUGUUUUAGAUAACGUUAAACAUUUGAAGAAAAUUGGCAAACAAAAACAAAUAACAUCCAUGCAGUGAAAUGUCUGUGUAAGUUCUUUUACCAAUAAACCCACUCAUACAUUCGUACUGUAAAAGUGUGAAGUGUGAAAUGAAAGAUACCACCAAAGCUGGUAGACAAGAAGAAAUCGAAAACCCACGCGCCAGUCGCGAAGCCGCACAGACGUACAAAACAGCUUAGCUUAUAAGGCGAGAACUUCAAGAUCGAGCAAAUGUCUUCAAGAUUUCUUGUUACACACAUAAACACUCGCACGCGUUCGUACUUGUGUGUGUGUGUUUUUAUUUCUUGCACAAUACGAGAAACCGUGAACCGAAGUGCGCUCAAUAUUUACUCAGGUGAGCGCCGCUCAAUUGCACAACACCUGAGCGCGCUCAGUGUCACGUUAUUCGCUGCGUCGCCGAAAAGAUCGUAUUUACUUUUAGUUUUGGAGGUGAUCUUUGAUUUGAGACUGUGCGCUCUGAUGCAAAAGAAGAUUUUUAUUUUAUUUAUUGUUUUUUGUUUGUACCAAUUGUGUUGCCUUCUUUCUGAGUUACUUUUUGUUAGUUUACUCUCAAAGUAAAGCCGGGGCGAAGUCGUCGAUCGCGGCGAGUAAUUCAGCUGUGACUGGCUUACAACUGUGUGCGCACUCGUACGCGUGUGUACGUGUAAAUUUGUAUUUUAAUUCUUACCUGCUUUGGUUUGUUGCGCCUUCAUGCAGCAUACCUUUGCAUACCUGUGUGUAUUGGUGUAUUGGUGCGUGCGUGUGAGCAACUGUGUGUGUUUGCUUGAAUUCGCCCCUUUUCUGGGACUAACUGGUCUAUCGAGCCAAACUUUUGGAAUAAUUUCCAACUUCAGUUGAGAGUAAAACGUUUUGUUACAUAGACGCCGGAGCGCACGCGGACGGUCAUUUGAUAUUUUUUCCAAUGAAAAAAUUUAUCUUGAAUUAAAAUUUACAAACAACAAUAAAUUAUUAUAAAUUUCGCUUUGUGUUGCCGCUGGUGGUUGUUCUUGGUGUUGUUGCUGAUACAGAUUCAAUUAGGGCGUAGAUGCGUAUUUGUGUUUGCUUUGCAUUGAAGUAAAUUUUUUGUAAUUAUUGUGGGGAUUCAGAAAAUUGUGCAUUACGGCGUUAUUUUCAUGCCAUGUAGAACUGAAAUUGAAAUGAGUUCGAAAAUAUUCCGUGAACAAAGUUAUUCCCCGUUUAUUGAAGUGAAAAACAAAAACUUAUGAAACUAAUUGGAACGCGUUGUAUUUGUGGUAAAAAUUAAUUUGCAAAACAAACAAAAGAUACGCUACAUAUCGGCACGAAUAUUUAUGCAAACAUACGAGCUGAGUUGAAAAAGAAGAAGCACCCGUUGCAAAGGGUAUUGUCGUACGUUGGUUGUAGUGAAUACGCCAACCACUGCCCAGUCAAAGGCGAACAUAACAACAACUUCCCGAGGAGUGACUUGCUGCUCGUGAAACUCGUUUGUAGCGCAAGAGUUUGCAAAAAGCUGGUCACGCCGCACCAGUUUAACAUCGUUUCGUAAAGUUUCCGCGCCCGCGCUCGGAAUAGUAUAUGCUUGCAGUUAAACGAAACCAAACCAACGACAAAUGCGCGUGCGUGUUUCAGCGGCACAGGAAGUUAUUGCAGUGCAGUGUAUUUUGGCUGUAAUCGGCGCGCAUGCGCAAAUCAUAUAACACAAUAUUUGUAGUUUUCGCAUUGUGAGCGUGUCUGUGAAACAUAAAAGCUUUUCAGUUUUUAAAAAAUUGAAUGAAGUGCAAUAUUUGCUAUUGAAUUUUUAAAAAAUACAGUUCCGAAAUCGCCAAAAUCAAAGAAAAGUUCGAACUUUUCCAGUAAGCUAAAUAACAGCAUCUCCAUCGCCUCACUUUCGCUCUGGAUUACGCGCUUUCGUAGAAUGCCGUUGACGUGUCAGCACUACUGCUGUCGUAGUUGAGCAUAAAAUGCAAGGGUUUACGCUGGAGAGAUUAACGCCACUCCUGCUGCUGGUGCUGCACUUCUCCGGCUGCGCCGUUAAUUCGGCGUUGGCGGCGCGCAAUCCUCGACAGGGCGGCAGUAGUGGUGGUAACUAUAAAAAUGGUCGUGCUGAACGAUACCGCGGAUCACAGCAAGCGGCGAGAAAGCGCCACAAUGGUGGGGGUGGUAACGGCGGAGCGGGUGGUGUUAACGGUGCGUCAGUGCUGGCGCAAAAUCACGAGAACAAUCAUACGGAAUUCGUGAAGGGAAAAAUUUGCAUUGGUACCAAAUCUCGUUUGUCAGUGCCGUCGAAUCGCGAACAUCACUAUCGUAACUUACGUGAUCGCUACAACAACUGCACUUAUGUGGAUGGCAAUUUGGAGUUGACCUGGUUGCAAGAACCAGGUAUGGAUCUCAGCUUUUUGGAGAAUAUUCGCGAAGUGACCGGCUAUAUACUCAUAAGUCAUGUGGACAUACAAAAUGUUGUAUUCCCAAGACUACAAAUCAUCCGUGGCCGCACUUUAUUCAAUCUCAACGUUCAAGAACAACAGUUUGCUCUGUUCACUGCCUACUCCAAAAUGUUCACUCUCGAAAUGCCUGCACUCAGGGAUAUCCUUCAAGGGUCUGUGGGUUUCUUCAACAAUUUUAAUCUAUGUCACAUCAAAACAAUCGACUGGAAAGAGAUCAUAUCUGGUCCCGACGAUCAGUUCACCUAUGUCUACAAUUUCACACCACCUGAACGUCAAUGCCCGAAAUGUCAUGACUCCUGUGAGCACGGCUGUUGGGGCGAAGGUCCGAACAAUUGUCAAAAGUUCAGUAAAAUUAACUGCUCACCACAAUGUGCGCAAGGACGUUGCUUCGGUUCACGUCCACGUGAGUGCUGCCAUCUUUUCUGCGCCGGCGGUUGCACUGGGCCGACUCAGCGCGAAUGUAUAGCCUGCAAGAAUUUCUACGAUGAUGGUGUUUGCAAGGAAGAGUGCCCGCCCAUGCAAAAAUACAAUCCAACAAAUUAUUUGUGGGAAGUAAACCCCGAGGGUAAAUAUGCUUAUGGCGCCACCUGCGUUAAGGAAUGUCCCGAGCAUUUGUUAAAGGAUAAUGGCGCUUGUGUGCGUAGUUGUCCUGCGGAAAAGAUGGCUAAAGAUGGUGAAUGUGUGCCGUGCAAUGGACCAUGCCCGAAAACGUGCCCGGGCACACCAGCACUGCAUUCGGGAAAUAUCGACACGUACAAGGGGUGUACGGUGAUUGAGGGUUCCAUACGUGUACUGGAUCAGACAUUUUUCGGCUAUCAACACAUUUACUCAAAUAACUCAUUCGGUCCACGUUUCAUUUCUAUGCAUCCUGAUCGCUUAGAGGUGUUCUCCACAGUGAAGGAAAUCACAGGUUACUUGGAUAUUGAAGGCGCGCACCCGGCUUUUAAGAAUCUAUCGUAUUUUCGCAAUUUGGAGGUCAUACAUGGCCGUCAGCUAAUGGAGAGCUACUUUGCUUCCUUGUCGAUUGUGAGAUCUUCGUUGGAAAGUUUAGAGCUGCGCAGCCUGAAGCGCAUCAAUUCUGGUGCAGUUGUGAUACAGCAGAAUGAUAAUAUUUGCUUUGUGAGUGACAUCGACUGGCAGAAGGUGCAAAAGUCAGUAGAUCAUGGUGUGGUGAUCGCAAAGAAUCGCAACGAAAGCGAAUGCAAAUCAGAGGGUCUUGUUUGCUCGGACCAGUGCAAUAAGUCCGGCUGCUGGGGUAAAGGCACGGAUCAGUGUCUGGAAUGUAAGAAUUUUGCUUAUAAUGGCACUUGCAUCGCCGAUUGCCGCAAUAUAUCGAACGCCUAUCAAUUCGACAAUAAAACCUGUAAGGAAUGCCAUCCCGAGUGCCUCACUUGCUCUGGACCCGGCGCUGAUCACUGCGACGAAUGUGUACAUGUACGUGAUGAGAAACGCUGCGUUACAGUUUGCCCAGACAACAAAUAUUCCGAUUAUGGCACCUGUCGGCCUUGCCACGAGACUUGCGAGGGUUGUACUGGUCCUAGGGACACUAUCGGACCUGGAGGUUGCAAAACGUGUAAUCUCGCCAUCAUCAAUAGUGAUACCACCGUCGAACGUUGCUUGCUGAAGAACGACAAGUGUCCUGAUGGCUAUUACUGGGAAUAUGUAAAUCCACAAGAGCAAGGCAACUUGAAACCUUUGGCUGGCAAAGCCAUUUGCCGAAAAUGUCACCCACGUUGUGAGCUCUGCAAUGGCUACGGCUUUCAUGAACAAGUCUGCUCUAAGUGUACUGGCUACAAACGCGGCGAACAGUGUGAAGAUGAAUGCCCGCCCGACCAUUAUGCGGAUGAGACACGCCGUGAAUGUUUCGAGUGCCACUCUGAGUGUAAGGGUUGUACAGGACCGAGCGCUGAGGAUUGCAUCGCUUGUCGCAGCUUUAAAGUUUUUGGCUUUGGCGAUCCCAACGAUAAUACGACAAUGUUUAACUGCACUUCCAAGUGUCCCACUGAGUAUCCAUAUGUAAUUUAUCAGUCAACCGAUAUUGGCACCUACUGCUCGGAAGUACCUGGCAAAGGCACCAAACUCACCGCCGGCGUAGACAGCUACAUAUUUAUUAUCGUGAUUUUUAUUGUUUUUGUGGCAAUGUUCUGUAUGGGUAUCGUUUGCUAUGUUUGUCGGCAGCGCACCAAAGCCGAAAAGGAGGCGGUGAAAAUGACGCGUGUACUAAGUGGCUGCGAGGAUGCCGAACCGCUGCGCCCCUCAAAUAUCUCACCCAAUCUUUCGAAAUUGCGAAUCGUAAAGGAUGCGGAGUUGCGCAAAGGUGGUGUACUCGGCAUGGGCGCAUUCGGCCGUGUGUUCAAAGGUGUUUGGGUGCCAGAGGGCGAGAACGUCAAAAUACCGGUCGCCAUUAAAGAGUUGUUGAAGGCCGCAAGCGCCGAAUCGAGUGAAGAGUUUCUGCGCGAGGCAUACAUCAUGGCUUCGGUGGAGCAUCCAAAUCUACUGAAAUUGCUAGCAGUCUGUAUGACCUCACAAAUGUUGCUAAUAACACAACUUAUGCCACUCGGAUGCCUGCUCGACUAUGUGCGUAAUAAUCGCGAUAAAAUAGGCUCAAAGGCGCUACUGAAUUGGUCCACACAAAUUGCAAAAGGUAUGUCAUAUUUGGAGGAAAAAAGACUGGUACAUCGCGAUUUGGCAGCACGCAAUGUGCUUGUGCAAACGCCGUCCAUUGUGAAGAUCACCGAUUUUGGGUUGGCAAAACUACUUAGCAGUGACUCUAAUGAAUAUAAGGCGGCUGGCGGUAAAAUGCCUAUAAAGUGGCUGGCAUUGGAAUGCAUAAGACAUCGUGUCUUUACUAGCAAGUCGGACGUGUGGGCGUUUGGCGUUACCAUUUGGGAGCUGUUGACUUUCGGUCAACGCCCACAUGAAAAUAUACCCGCCAAAGAUAUACCCGAUCUCAUUGAAGUUGGACUAAAAUUGGAGCAGCCCGCAAUCUGCUCGCUAGAUAUCUAUUGUACGCUGCUAUCCUGCUGGCACUUGGAUGCUGAAAUGCGUCCGUCAUUUAAGCAGUUGGUGAAUGUUUUCUCCGAAUUUGCUCGCGAUCCUGGUAGGUAUUUGGUCAUACCAGGUGAUAAAUUUACACGCUUACCCGCCUAUACGAGUCAAGACGAAAAGGAUCUCAUCAGAAAGCUGGCACCCACCACAGAGGGACCAGAAACUAUGGUUGAGGCAGAGAAUUACACACAUCCGAAGGUAGUGCCGCGACCCAUUAGAGUUGAAGACACCGAUGAGGUCCCUACACUGAAUCGCUACUGCAAAGAUCCAAUGAAUAAGAAUUCAUCAUCUGGUGGCGACGACGAGACUGACUCGAAUGCUCGUGAGGUUGGUGUCGGCAACUUGCGACUCGACCUACCUGUCGACGAAGAUGAUUAUCUUAUGCCCACCACCUGCCAGACUACCGGACCGAAAGGUGCCACCGGUAGUAACAACAACACCAUCAAGGCGAAUGGUCACCCCAACGGCGGUGUGGGUAUUGGCGCCGGUGGUUACAUGGAUCUAAUCGGCGUACCAGCAAGUGUCGACAAUCCAGAAUAUUUGCUCAAUGCUCAAGCACUGAGCGUGGAUGAUGCGCCAAUACCAACGCAAACGAUUGGUAUACCAGUGAUGACGAAUCGCAAUAGCAGCGGAGCCACAGUGUUGCCAAGUGGCAAUGGCAGCGUCUUAAGCGCCAGCCACCACCACCCCCAUCAUGCGCCCACAACAGCGGCGGCAGUUGCGGCGGCGGCAAACACAAUAGCUGCACUCACGGCAAUGCACGACAUGAAUGUAGCAGCCAUGGCAGCGGCUAAUGGCGGCUCGGAGCCGACCAGCUCAGACCAUGAGUACUACAAUGACACACAGCGUGAAUUGCAGCCGUUGCAUCGCAGCGAAACUCGCGUCUAGCAAAUAGUGCGGCCAACGGUCGUCGGUGUGGUGCACGAAAGAUGUAGCCAAAGCAAAUGCGGCACGCAAACAAAAGAAGGAGUGGAUGAUGUCGAGAACGAUGAAGGUAGCGAGAAGCAGAAGACGACUGCAACACUGCCUACGUGAACUUAACUUGCCACAAGAACUUGCUACGUGCCUCAUUCACAUACAUACCAUGUAACUAUGUAACUGUAACUGUAAAUAAUUUUUUAGUAAGACACAGCAAAUGCAGCGAAAUCGAAAAUCGAACGCAGCUAAGCGGGACACACGAAACACGAAGCAAAACAAACAAACAAACAAAGAAACAGACAAAUUAAAACAACACUAUAUGCCACUUAAGGUCACGUACAAAGCACGCCGCUGGAGCCAGAAAUUGAGUUUCAACUCCACGGCAAAAGCAACGUAUGGACUUAGCCCAAAAAAACACCCAUUUUUAGCAUUAGGGAUUUAGAAUAUAACUGUAUAUAAUGAGAAGUUAAAAGUAGUGCGUAAAUUGUUGUUGUGUACUGUAGUACUUACCAGUUAGAAUGUUUAGAGAGCUGAAGAGAGCGUAAAAAAGCGUAAUUAGUUAAUAGAAAUGGGGGUGAAAACUUGUAAAUCCAUAGUAGGAAUACACCAUUAGUGCAUUUGACUUGAACGAAGGUCAGGACAGUGGCGGUUAACAAUUGUGUACGCCACGACUGUACAGAAAUGAGAGAAAACUACAACCUGAUCUUCAAGCAAAUUAGUUAUUAUAGUUAACUGUAAGAAAUUUAGUGACUAAGGUUUCGAUAACUUUAAAAUUUUAACUUUUUAGUUGUAAACUUGAUUUGUUAAUUACGAACUGUGAUAACGUAAAUGUAAGUACGAAUACGAAAAAAAACAAAAAACAAAAAAAAAUAUUCAAAAAAAUGCAACAAAAAUGUAAAGCAAUGAACAAAAUGAACAAAAACUAAACAAAACUGAAAACAUAAAAAAUUACAAAAGUAAAAAUUACUAAUAAGCAUUUGCAUUCAAUAAUAAUUACAAUAAUUAUGCGAUACUUCGAAAAUUGUAAAAAUUACGAAAUUGAAACAAAAAGCAAAAACAAAAAACAACAAAAAAUGUUCAUGUUCGGCAUUCAAUAGUGAGUUUUGUAAAACGCGUGUCUAAAAAUUGAUGGUUAAUGGAAAUUUUUUUUGUAAAUUUUUAUUUUUGUGUCAUUAGGCCUUCAAUUUUUUCAUUUUCAUUAUUAUUUUCUUAUUUAAUAUUUUUUGUUUUUAAUUUGGUUUAAUUUCUGUAACAAUCAAGACACGUGCCGCGCUUAAUAACUGCUUUAAGAUGUAACAAAAAAAAAAAAACACAAAAAUUAAUUAAUCAAAUACCUGAAAUUGUGAAGGCAGAAAAUUUACGCAGAGGUUUCGUUGAACAAAGUUCAUUAAGGGCAUAUUUUUUAUAAUUAUAUGUAUCUUUGGUUGAAAUUCGAUACUAACCAAUUAUUUAGACUUUGGCAGAGAAUUGACUUUGAGUGAGACGCAUAGCGAGUGCUGCAGGAAAAGCUUUUUU